AACUAGAACAAGAGACUGACUCAACAUGCAAUAUGUUGAUCAAUUACGCUUCUCAAGGUUGGCCGGAGAAAAACCAGAUAGUACCAUCCUGUUUACCCUUUUGGCCUCUAAGAUAUGAAAUCUCCAUACAGAAUGGCUUGUUAAUGAGAGGAAACCGAAUAAUCGUGCCAAAUAGGCUACGACAAGAAAUAUUGGGCAAAAUCCAUGAAGGGCAUAUGGGAAUUAAUAAAUGUCGAGCUUUAGCGAAUUCAGCAGUAUACUGGCCUGGCAUUAGUAAACAAAUAGAGGAAUUAGUUCGGGACUGUCCUUCAUGUAUACAGGAAGCUAAAAACUGUUCUGAACCUUUGAAACCAACUAGUUUUCCUCAGAGACCAUGGGAAAUUGUAGCUAUGGACUUAUUUAAACUCCAUGCAGAAUGGUAUUUAUUAGUUACAGAUUUUUACUCACGUUAUCCAGAAGUGGCAAAACUGGAUAGUUUAACAUCAAAAGAAGUAAUUUUACACUGCAAAUCAAUUUUUGCCAGACAUGGAAUUCCAAAUGUUGUAAGAUCAGAUAAUGGACCACAGUUUGAAGUUACUAGAACAGCAGAGUUUCAAAACUUUGCAAAAGUAUACGGUUUUAAGCACAUUACUUCAAGUCCAAGAUAUCCUCAAAGCAACGGUUUUGUUGAAGCAGCAGUGAAGAUAAUUAAAUUAAGAUUCAAAAAGUCUAAAGAUCCUUACUUGGCUUUAUUGAGUUAUCGGACAACACCUUUAAAGAACGGCUACAGUCCUGCUGAAUUGUUGAUGGGGCGUCGACUACAGUCAACCUUACCUUUAGCAAUUUCACUACUUCAACCAAAGCUAAUAGAGAAGGAGAUAUUGGAAGAAAAAGAAGAGAAAAGAAUAGAAAGACAGAAAAAGGAUUAUGAUCGGAGGCACAAUGCUCAUGAAUUGAAACCAAUACAUCCGGGUGACAAGAUAUGGAUAACUGAUAGGAAGGCUGUUGGAACUGUACAGAGAAAAGCUGAAUCACCAAGGUCAUACUUUGUUAAAGAAGGCAAACAAGUGCUUCGACGGAAUAGGAAACAUUUGAUUCCAGGAUCUAAACUACAGAUUCCACCGCUAAACGAUGAUUUAGAGGAAGCUCUUUCAGAAAGGGAUAACAGAAGGAGCUUACCAGAAAUAACGGAUCCAGAUCCUACAGUGUUAACUCAGAAGAAGGAUGUAUCUUCAAAAACUGUUGUGACUCGCUCUGGAAGAAUUGUGAAAGCUCCCAAUAGACUAAAUCUUUAAAGGGGGGAGAUGUGGCAUCAGCCAGAUUAACUGUAACUGUGUACUAAUUGUUUAGUUUUAGUUUCAGUUUGCAUUUAUGUUUAGUUUCUGUUUGUGUUUGUGUAUCUCGUUAAGUUGUUAUUAAACGUGUUUGCAAGAUGCUAGAUCCUGCUCAUUUAUUUAAUAUGUACUGAAAUAAUACAUAACAACACAGUCUGCAUUAAGACAGCAUUAAAUAUUUACUUUAAUCUGUACUUUCAAUGUUAAGAAUCAAAAUGUUUUUAAACAUGUAAUU